GCGCCGUGAGACGAACAACGGUUCUCCUUUUCUGAACUCAGUUCCAUAGAAUCGCCAAAAUCAUGCUGAAUAAAGAGUGCUAAUUUUUAACUAACAGUUUACAAGUUCUUCAAUUAAACUUGUGCAUCGUGUAGUGCGAAAAGAUGCAUUUGGUGAAUUUGGCUAUACUUUUUCUGCUUGCAGCGAUGACAGCGUGCAGUCGAGAAGCGUGGCAGAAACCCGGUUGUCACAAAGUUGGCCACACACGAAAGGUUAGCAUUCCGGAUUGCGUAGAAUUUUCGAUUACAACCAACGCCUGUCGCGGAUUCUGUGAAUCGUUUGCGGUACCAUCGGCGCCGUUCGCUAUCGGACAUAGGCCGAGCCAGCCGGUAACAUCGGUUGGUCAGUGCUGUAACAUAAUGGACACCGAAGACGUUCAGGUGCGAGUUCUGUGCGUCAACGGGAUCCGAAACCUAACGUUUAAAUCGGCAACCAACUGUUCGUGUUACCACUGCAAGAAAGACUGACCUUGAGGAUGCUAGGCGAUUGUGAUCAAGAUCGGUUCUAAUGAUGUUUGAAUUGAACUGUUAUUUACAUUAGCUGUUUACCUCUGAGCCACCCUUACGCAUUAUUGUGAUGAUUAUGUAAAUUUGAAAAAAAUAUCCCUGUCGGGAUACCAAGUGUUACUGAUAUAUGUACACAAUAAUGAAACAGAAAAUAUAUUUUUUCACAAACAA